GUCUGGUUACUCUCAUUUGGAAUGAUGCUCAGCUUCACAUCCCCAUGUACUUUUUCCUUGGUUGUUUAGCAUCUGUGGAUACGUCACUCUCAUCCACAGUGACCCCCAAAAUGCUGGUCAGCUUCUUCGCCAAGAGCAACCUUCAGUGAGGACAUGGAAAAGGAAAAUGCCACAUUGCUGACAGAGUUUAUUCUCACUGGACUUACAUAUCAACCAGAGUGGCAAAUACCCCUGUUUCUGCUGUUCUCAGUGAUAUAUCUCAUCACCAUUGUGGGGAACCUUGGUCUCAUUGUUCUCAUAUGGAAUGAUUCUCACCUUCACAUUCCCAUGUACUUAUUCCUUGGGAAUUUGGCAUUUGUAGAUGCUUGGAUGUCAUCCACAGUGACUCCCAAGAUGCUGGUCAUCUUCUUUGCAAAGAGUAAGAUGAUGUCUCUCUCUGAAUGUAAUAUACAAUUCUUUUCCCUUGCAAUCAGUAUAACCACAGAAUGUUUUCUCUUGGCAACAAUGGCCUAUGAUCGCUAUGUAGCCAUAUGCAAACCAUUACUUUAUCCGGUGAUUAUGACCAAUAGACUAUGUAUCCAGCUAUUAGUCUUAUCAUUUUUAGGUGGCCUUCUUCAUGCCAUAAUUCAUAGCAGUUUCUUACUCAGAUUGACCUUCUGCAAUUCCAUCAUAGUACAUCACUUUUACUGUGACAUCAUACCACUGUUUAGGAUUUCUUGUACUGACCCUUCUAUUAAUAUAAUGAUGGUUUUUAUUUUCUCUGGGUCAAUACAGGUGUUUACCAUUCUGACUGUUCUUAUCUCAUAUACUCUCGUUCUUUUCACAAUCUUAAAAAAAAAAUCUGUGCAGGGCAUAAAGAAAGCCUUCUCCACCUGUGGAGCUCAUCUCUUAUCUGUCUCUUUGUACUAUGGCCCCCUUCUCUUCAUGUAUGUGCGGCCUGGAUCGACACAAUCAGAUGAUCAAGAUAUGGUGGACUCUCUAUUUUACACGGUCAUAAUUCCUUUGUUAAAUCCAAUUAUCUACAGCCUGAGAAACAAGAAAGUCAUACACUCACUGACAAAAAUGUUAAAGAGAAAUAUUUAGAUCUCCUACUUGUAUCUGUUUUCUUUUUAUUAAAGCAACACAAAAUUGUGCAGAUUAGAUGUUGCCAUGUGUUGAUUAGGGUUCAAAGGUUUGCAGUUAUAAUUGCCACAGCUUAAUGACUUAAAGUUGCAGUAUCCAAAAUACCUUAAAUAUGUAUGAACGUUAUCAAAUACAUAGAAUGAAUUCUAAGCAAGUGUUCAUUAUAAUCAUACUGUUCAUUAUGGUCAUACUAUAAUAAUUAAGGAAGAAAACAAAUAUAUUACACACUUGCAUGUUCUCAAUAUGGUUCAUAAAUGCAUUAAGUAUAAUAGUGCAAUUCUUCUGAAAAGAAUUUGAACAUGUAAUUUUCAACAGUAAUAUAUACUAUGCAGUCUAAAGACUCACAUCACACUUAAUUCACAGUGCAGGCAGGGUUGUGUUUGAGUGAACAGAGGCAAAUCCCAGAAACUCUGCUAGUUAUCAAAAGGUGUGGCAUUCCACUUUAUAUGGGACAUGGCAAAUUUCACUUCUUGUGGGGAUUCAACUUGAUUAUCACAUAGAGAAGUAAACAGAAAAGAGAAGGCAAAGAAGAAAAAAAGAGAAUGGAGUUAAAACAAUGAAGGUCAGGGAAAACUGAGUGCAUGCUCUCAGUCAAAUGUGCUCCUAGGGUUGCUUCCCAAAAUGAAUUACUGAAAACCUUUUGAACAUACCUUCCUCUCAGGUACAUGCUUUUUUGUUCACACAGGACACCCCACAUAGAUUAGUAUCAGAAAGCUAAGAGAUGAAGAAUUUGAUUGAGAUAGCCAUAGAAAGGAAAAAGGAAGUGGCAGAAUAGGACAGAAAUGAUCUCAACCUUCCUAAAACAUUAAUGAGGCUGAUAAGAAAUAAGUAUUACAUACAAGGUUAUGGGAAUGUAUUGACCACAAGAGGCUUCAAAAUGCCUAUUACCAAAGUUCAAUAAAUGUUAAGAUGAUAUGAUAACAGACUGCCAGUGGGUAUCUGGGAAAUACACGAAAAUGAGGAAGAGUUUGGAGGUUUUGUGCCCCAAAAGUCCUUACGUAUAAGUGUUCAUCCCAAUGCAUACUGUUACUAUAAUGGGUGAUACAUCUUCAGUUCCACCCUGCCCUUCCUCUCUUACCUAUGAUCCCAUACCCAUUCCUAUUAAUAUAAUUGGGGCCUUUCUGCUAAAACUACUCUUAUCUGUCACUUGCAAUAGUCUUUUAACUUCUGCAUCCUGUUGAUAUUCUCUUACUUCUCAAGCUUUGCUCUCAGAAUAUUCUUCAUGAAUAGAACUCUGAUUUAAUAAUAUCCAUCUUUGAUAACUUUUAAUGGAUUGUCAAUGCUUUCAAGUUAUGUGCAUAUGUGAUGCAUAUAUCUAGAAUUUUAUGUAUGAUUAGGCAUCUGUUUAUUUGUUCAUGGACAUAUAGAGAACAUAAUAAAUAAAUGUGUCUACAUCUA